UUUUUUUUUUUUUUUUUUUUUUGUUUUUGUUUUGUUUUUGUUUUGUUUUUCCCCACAGAACUAGAUAAAAGGUGAGGGGGUUGAUGGCAAGAACAUCUGCAGCUUCACACAGGCACCCCCGUGCAAUGCCACGAGGGAGUCACACAGAAAAUAAUUUAUGGCAACUCCUCACAGGCCACCUGCACACCCAAACCUCAGUGCCGGCACUCCAGCAUCCUCUGCCAAAUCCCGCAUCCCCCAACACCGGGAGGCACCUCUGCUGCCUGCGGAACCCCUUCUCGAGGCGGCGGCAAAGCGGGAGAGGAGCCGGUUAAUAAAUAAAGCCGUGUUCCAUGCUCUUGUGACAGAGGAGAAGGAGCGGGGGCUCCGUUUGUCCCUCGGCGCCGCUGCCGCUCCCGCCGCGAUGCAUAAGGCGCGAUUGGCGGCUCCCUCGGGCGGCGCAGGGGAUGCGCGCUCCAUGCAAAUGCAGCCCCGCAGGCAGCUCGGGAGCCAUUUCUCCGCUCCUGCCGGCGGGGCCGCGCUCCCCGCGGGCUCGGGGCCGCCGCACGGAGCCAGACACUGCGCCCAUUACAUAACAGCGCCCGCGCCUCCCCCGGCAGCGCCGCUCACAUGCGCCGCGGUCACAUGCCCAAACAGCUCAUUAAAUCGCUGCCCGGGCAAAGGCGAUUACAGCGCGGGGGCCAAUUGGAAAGGUGGAAGCCGGCGCCUUGCACUCGCCCGCAUCCCCCCGGCACAGCGGGAAAGCCUGGGGCACCGCUCUGCCCCCUCCUGCUGCCGCGGCUCUCACCCAAAUCAGCCGCCUAGCACCUGUGGGGAGGGCUGGGCACGGGCCUCUCCUGUCACCACGCUCAUCACUCACACAAUCCCAGGAUUGUUGGGGCUGGAAGGGACCGCUGGAGCUCGUCCAGUCCAACCCCCCCCGCCUUGGUGACAAAGGAACGCGUCCAGGUGGGUUUUGAAAUGCCUCCAGUGUCAUCCGGAGGGAUUUUCUGCAAACAAGGCAGGUGGUAUUUAAUAAUGGAUAUAUAGUGGCUGCUGGGGAUAAAACGUGCUCCUCCCCGUGUCAAAGCCACAUGCCCUCCAGGCAAGAGGGUCCCUCCCAGUGUCACUGUCUGCAGGUUUGCAUCCCCACGGUAUGAUGGAUAUAAACAUUUCCACAGGUAUGACAGCCAUGGAUCACAGGAAUGUGAGGUUAACACGUGUCCCAGAUCUCCUAACCAGCAUCCAUCUGGCUCCCUCGGAAGAUUUUUGGAGCCACCUUGACCCAGAAAUCCACCUUCAGGAGAACAGGCAUUGCAAAUCAAGUUGGCCAACACAGCAGGAAGAGUCUCUGGAUUCUGUACAACCCAAGAAGCGGCUCCUUUCAUGCAUGCCAACAUUGCAGCAAAUUUCUAAAAGCAUGGUUUUUUCCAAUAGAAGCCAACUUCAGAACAGGAGUUUACACAGUAAGCCAAGCUUAAUAAUUUCUUUUUUAUUUUAAGACUUCAUCCCAUUUUUCCCCCCAACAAAUCUUUCAUUCACAAAGCCCAGGAGCACACUCCUUGAUUUAGGAGGAGAAGACGGGCGCCCUGCCAACCUGCGAGGUUCUGCACUGUCAUACGCAAAGUCCUGCUUCCACUUUCAGAGAGACCUUCUCUCAAGGUGAGUCACUGAGUUCCCUGGAGAGGAGCCCAAAACAGGAGUGAGCUUGUGCUACUUAAAAAGUACCCUGUGCUGCACUGACACGUGCCCAGGGUGGUGGUACCUCCCAGUGCAGCAAGCUCAGGGCAAGAGGCAGCGCUUGUGCUGGAGUAGCCUGUCAGGUGGAACUUCAGUUCCCUUCCCUUGUCCUUCAGCAACCCUCCUCACCACAAAAUAAUCUAGAAUUACCAAAACUCUGGGCCUAACCACCACACUCACAGAGUCAGUAACAAGCAUUAGGACAAUAUAUAUCUGUUGACCAAUCUCAGGGAGAAAAAAAAAAAAAAAAAGACAGCUUCCCCAGGGUGGCUGUUGCUCAAGUCAGAUGGGCAGUGGAACUUGUUUUAGCUGCACAUGUGCUCUCCUAGCAGGAACGUGUGUGAAAGAGCCCCUUUGUGCAGAGCUGCAGCUGCCUGGUGCUGCUUUGCCACCUCCUGUGGCUCUGGAGGCCCCUGCUGGAAGAUGGAGCUGGACGGGCAUGGCAGUGGCAGGGGAAAGAAAGCAGCCACUUUUCAGCUGUGAAAUUAAGAGUUGAGAAUCAUGCAGAAAAGGCUUGAGAAAACUCUUUUAAUUUACUCUGAUUUUACUACCUCAUGGUUCUUGCAGGGGGGCAGAGCCCCAGCUGGCUCAAUAGUAACAUCACACUGCAUAGGGCUUAGCAGCAAAACAGACAGAUAGUGAUCAAAGUACUGAACUUAAGACACAGAAGCCAUAAACUGUGGGGUAGAUCAAAAGAAAACAUUAUUCCAGCAACAUUUCCUUUCCUGCUCCCAAAUAAAGUCUUUCUUCAGCUAAAAAUCAGGGGAAAAAUAAAGGAAAAGGAAAAAGCAUGUGCAAAAAUAGGAAAGAGAUAGUUUAAAGAGACAAAGGAAUUGUUUCUUUAGUUUCAAAUUGUUUAUAGUUUAAAAAAUAGGUCAAAUACAUGAUGAAUUAAAGUAUGUAUCAAAUAGCUGAUUUCUUAGGGUUUUUUACUUUUCUUUUUCUUUAAAAAGGGAAGUAAAAGACCUGCAUUUAGAGUACCCAGUGUGCUAGAAUUUGGUACUGAGUUAAAACAAGCUCUUUCAGUAUUGCAAGUAUGGAAAUCUCUUCGUAGAAAAAGCUUCAUCUAAGUCAAGUGGCUCCCUGCAGACCACACUGGGGACAGCAAACCCUUCUCAGCAGCCUGGCUGAGC